GUUGUGUGAGGAACCAUGGGAAGCUGCUGGAGCUGUCCAGAUAAAGAGUCCAUUCCUGACAAUCACCAGAGCAAGUUUAAGGUGGUGAACGUUGACGAUGACGGUAACGAGCUGGGCGCUGGGAUCAUGGAGCUGACCGAGGACGAGCUGGUUCUCCGCACGCACAAGUGUGAUGCGGUCAGGUGGCCUUACCUGUGCCUCCGUCGCUAUGGUUACGACUCCAACCUCUUCUCCUUCGAGAGCGGCCGCCGCUGCCAGACCGGCCAAGGGAUCUUUGCGUUUAAGUGCGCCCGUGCUGAGGAGAUCUUCAACAUGCUGCAGGACAUCAUGCACAACAACAGCAUCAGUGUGGUGGAGGAACCCGUGUUCCAACCUGCACUCACACUCACACUCACUCACACCGAGUCUGAGACACCACACACACCGCGCACGCCUACAGGUGGCACUCUUCCUGUUUUACCCAAUGGGAGUUUGCGAUACCCAUCACUAGGCGAUGCCUCCUCACAUCCCUCCAGCAGGCACCCUUCAGUGGGCAGUACCCGCCUACCGUCUGUGGGAGAAGAGUCCACUCACCCACUCCUGAUGCCCGACGACAGCGUACGGGGCCACACGUACGUGAACACUACAGGUCUGCUGGAUGAUCAGCACUCGGCGACGGGCCACAGCGACACGCCCGUUCCCCAGAGCCCGGGCCCCGAGGGGGAGGAGUCACCGCAGGCCCCGGACCCCGGACCUCGCGUGCAGCUGGAGCGUGAGGGCGUGAGGUUCGUCCUGGGGCCGACGCCCGUGCAGAGGCAGCUGAUGGCCAGGGAGAGGCAGCAGGAUGGGGGCCCCGGCCCCGCCCACAACACUAACGGAGGCGUGGCUUUGACUGAGCCCACCCCAGAGCACUCGAACGGUCCGGUAAUCGGACCGUCACGGCGCAGACCACGCCCUCCUCCGCUCAGCCCCGACGCCAACGUGAACAAUUCGGCCCAGCGCAGGACGGCCCUGCUGGACUACGAGAACCUGCCCUCCCUGCCCCCGCUGAGGGAGGACCCCAAAGGGGGCGCCGAGGACGAGGACCACGAGGACCGCACCCGGGCCGAGGCCCAGCCGCCCAACGGUCACCACAACAGCUCGGACGCCGCGCACCUCUACAUAAACACGGAGAACGUGACGGGGGCCUGGGCGGACACGGCGCCCCUGAGCGCGGGCCGGGCGGAGCCGGGGCCGCUCAGCGCGGGGAGGGCGGAGUCGGGCCGCUUCAGCGUGUUUAACUUCGACCUGCGGCGCCCCUGCGAGUCGCACACGCUCAACUACAUCGAGGUGGAGACGGAGCGCGGGUCCGACUGCAGCACGCCCAGGACUCCGCACACGCCCGCCUCGCCCCGGCCGCCCACGCCCACCAACCACGCCACGCCCACGCGCAGGACCGACCAGUACGCCGUCAUCGACGUGGAGCGCACGGCCGCCAUGUCCAACCUGCAGAGGGCGCAGCCGCGCUACGACGGUACGUCCAGGAAAACCAGGCACAACAGCGUGGACCUGCCCAUGUAACCACGCCCACUCCAGACUCCGCCCCCUCCCUUCCUCCUUUUAUAGACUGUACUGAAGGGUGAAAGGUGCCGGGCUGUAUGAAGCCUCUACGUGAUGUGUAUUAGUGGUACGAGCCUCAGGCGCCAUGGUUUUAUUCCUAUGGUAACCCCCCCACCCCCCCAGUGCCUCGUUUUGUGUACGGAGGUUUUAUUACGUCGAUAACGAGGCAGAACUGCGUCCUCGCUGGUCCAUUCCGUAUAAAUCAGUAUUACUGAUGGAGCAUUCCUCUCUCCGCCUCGCUCGCUCGCUCUUUUGUAUGAAACUCUACAGGAUGAAAUGACGGUUAUGAUUUCGGUACGCAGGGACGUUACGGUACCACGGCUACGGUUCUGCAUUUACAUUCACUACUCGCACAAUAAAAGUCUAUUUUGUUUGA